UCUACUCUAGCCCAGUUGAGGAGCGAGCGGACGGUCCCCGGGUCCGAAUUCAAAAGCUCCAACUCUUGGCGUGGAGAAGAACCUGCCCAGAAGGUGAGCCGAGCGCAUCUGGCAGGGAGGCGGCAGCGGUGUCGAAAGGGAGCGGCUGAGAAGGGAUACUCAAAGGAGAAAAAUGCCAGUUUGGUUGCUGCAUCGAGUUGUCAGCCAGGUGCUACAAAGAUCUGCUUGUCGGUGUCCAGCUUCCAUAGUGCCUCUUCGGUUUCUGGGUAUUUCACCUCGCCAGGUUCCAUCUGAUGCCAACUUUUAUUCUGUAUCUUUUUCUGAUACAGAGCAUCCACGAGUACUGAUUACAGGGGGUCUUGGACAACUUGGUGUGGGACUCGCUAAACUUUUGAGAAAACAAUUUGGAAAGGACAAUGUGAUCUUGUCUGACAUUAGGAAACCUCCCAAUCAUGUUUUCUAUAGUGGACCAUUUAUUUAUUCUGAUAUCUUGGAUUAUAAGAACCUUCGGGAAAUAGUGGUGAACAAUAGAAUUUCAUGGCUCAUUCACUAUAGUGCCCUGCUAAGUGCUGUUGGAGAAGCCAAUGUACCAUUGGCAAGAGCUGUAAAUAUUACUGGUUUGCAUAAUGUUCUGGACAUUGCAGCAGAGCACAAUCUGCGACUAUUUGUGCCUAGUACCAUUGGUGCUUUUGGGCCUUCUUCCCCUCGGAACCCAACCCCUGAUCUCUGUAUUCAGAGACCCAGAACCAUCUAUGGAGUGUCCAAGGUUCAUGCAGAGCUCAUAGGAGAAUACUAUCAUUACCGGUAUGGCUUAGACUUCCGGUGCUUGAGGUAUCCUGGAAUCAUUUCUGCGGACUCCCAGCCUGGUGGAGGAACAACUGAUUAUGCAGUUCAGAUUUUCCAUGAUGCUAUAAAAAGUGGCAAGUUUCAAUGUAACCUGAAACCAGAUACUCGGCUUCCCAUGAUGUACAUUGAUGAUUGCCUCAGAGCUACAUUGGAAAUCAUGGAAGCUUCUGCAGAUUCUCUCUCCAUGAGGACUUACAACAUCAAUGCCAUGAGUUUUACUCCUGAGGAGCUGGCACAGGAAGUUGUCAAGCAUGUACCCGAGCUCCAGGUCACAUACAAGGUAGAUGCAGUUUGCCAGGCCAUUGCUGAUAGUUGGCCAAUGAAUUUUGAUGACAGCAAUGCUCGAAAGGAUUGGGGUUGGAAACAUGACUACGACCUUCCUGAACUGGUGACAGCUAUGUUCAAUUUCCAUACGUCUGAGUCAAGAGUUGCUCGUGCCAGUUAACCAAAAGUAAUGGUUCCAGAAUCCUCAGAGAAUGUGAAAUAAAAAUUCUGAAAUUAGUUUACCAUGUUAUAAACCUUGUAGCUUAUGAAUUAUUUGAACUGAAGGACCGUAAUUUAACAAUUGCUCACGUACUUGGUAGGAGAUUUCUCAAACUAACCUCACGAUACUUUUAAA